AUAUAAUGUGUCAGGAUUCUGUUACCAGGAAGUGGGUCGAGUUAUUUAUAUUUCAACGCUUGUCCUCUUGUCCCCUGAGGGAGACGGUAGCAACCUGAAACGUUUGAUUUAUAGUUUUCUCGAUGGAGAUGGCUCCAACUAGGGAAAGCUAAUUUACCUCACGUUCAGAACGAUGAGCAUCGACAAAUACGUGUAGAUGUCAAUAACGUGAAGCCUGCGUUUGUGUGUGUGACGUGACCCUGGUUUAACUUUGGCAGAGGCUACAUUCAGUUUUUAUUUCGAGUGCCCUGUCGUGAAAAAGCUUGUUGUCUUCUUCAGCCGUUGGAAUGAAGCUCCAUGAGAAGAUUUUAACGCACUACCUGUCAUGCACUUCCCCCGUAGAUAAAGAGGGAUAUCUCUACAAAAAGAAAGAGCGAAAUGCCACCUACCAGCGGCGGUGGUUCGUUCUCAAAGCCAACCUGUUGUUCUACCAGGAGCACCCAGCUGACCGACACCUGCUGGGUGUCAUCGUGCUGGAGGGGUGCGCAGUGCGGCAUGCCCAUUCCAAUGGACAGUUUGCCUUUUCGCUGGUGUUUGAAAGACCCAGACUGAAAACCUACGGAUUUGCCGCAGAGGAUCAUCAGACUUUAGACAGCUGGGUGAAAGCCUUGCUGUCUGCCAGCCACUGUUACCUCUCACUGCUGUUGCGAGACCUCAGCAGGCAGUAUGAAGCAGAAGCCAAAAAGCAACAAAGUUCUACUGGUGGCCUCAAACACUCUGCAACCCAGAUGAAUCUGGGGUCCUUCCUGUACACCCCAGGACCUGGACUAACAGCGGUAAGGCAAGGAAGAAGUUUCAGUGCCGACACUGUUCUACAACCACAGUCCAUACCCAGUAAAGUAGCAGCGAAGAAGUGUCCUAAAUUGUGGCCCAGAAGAAACGCUCUUGUAACGCCCCUUAAUGGGCCGGCGCCUUCGUACGGGGAAUGGCCACUGGUGGGUUUGGAUCCACUUCAGGAUUUCAGCAAACUUCAUGAUUAUUAUGGCCUAGAGGUGAAACAAGCAAGAGAGGAGUGGCUGAGGAGUCGACAAAGAGAAGAGGAGCAGAGUGAAGAAGAUCUCAUGGAUCUGGGGUGAUCAAACAGUGAGAGCUGAGAAAACCUUGAAGGGGAACUGAGAUUUUAGAAGCCAUUUAAAGAACUGAAACUGAAAUGUGACUUUGAGAGUUAGACACUUGUGAAAUUGUUGAACAUGUUUCUGUUUCAUAAUCAUUUCAUUUUGCAUUAUUUGUCGGAUUUCUCCGAGCCGAGAAGGUGCUUUGGUACGGUGGCUGAGAGACGCUACAACACUGGCACAUUGGACAGACACAGACAGGGGACAGAACACAGACACAGACAGAGACCACACCACAACAACUACCAAUAUUUAAGAAAUGACUGCUUUUAAAAUGUCAUUGGUUGAAUAAGUAACCAUAACUUGUUGAUAGAUACGACAGCACAGCUGGUUCCAGGCUGGUUACUUAGAUGCCAUAUUUUAGGUCAGGUUGUGGGUUGAACAUUAUUU